UAAAUGAGGAUAUUAUAAAGAGGAAUGGAUUGUAGAUUCCAGCUCUGGAUCUGUGUGUGAAUCCUGUUUGUAAGGGUUGUGUGUGUUUGAGAUUAGCUGGGGAAUGAGAUUCCAUUUGAAUAAACACACAUGAGAGAGAACUGACAGAACCUGAAGAACAGGGCUGGUGUAGAACUGCUGCUGUUUGAUAAUCAGGUGUGUCUAACAGGAAGAGGGAAGUACAGUUUCUCACACACAGGCGCUUCAGUUACACUGGGGAUCUUAUGAUAUGAUUUCACUGUAUAUUUUCAGAAAUUAAGAAAUUUCUAAAUAUAUAGCCUAAGGAAUAAAAACAGGCAGGGAAGAACAGAGCUUUGGAACUCAAAUAAAUUCUGUCUUUUCUAAUCUGCAGAUUUUGUAUUAGAAGUAAGUGAAAGUGUAACUAAACUACAGAUUUAGCAGAAAUCAUUACUGAGCUCAAAACCAACAGAGACAGAAUGGCGUCCGGAUCUUCUCUCCUGGAAGAGGAGCUCUCCUGUCCUGUGUGCUCUGAAAUCUUCAGGGAUCCUGUUCUCCUGAGUUGCAGUCACAGCUUCUGUAAGGCCUGUCUGCAGCAGUACUGGGAACAGAAGGGAUCUCGGGAGUGCCCAGUGUGCAGGAGAAGAUCUUCAAGGGAACUACCUCCCGGUAACCUGUCUCUGAGGAAUACCUGUGAGGCGUUCUUAAAGGAGAGAAGUCAGAGAGCUAAAGCAGGAUCUGAAGUGCUCUGCAGUCUGCACAGUGAGAAACUCAAGCUCUUCUGUUUAGUGGACCAAAUACCCGUCUGUGUGAUCUGCCAAACUUCAAGAAAACAUGCAAACCACGAACUGCUACCAGUUCAGGAGGCAGCAGAAGAGUAUAAGGAGAAACUCAGGACUGCACUGGCUCCACUACAGAAGAAGCUAAAAGCCUUUAAUGCAGUGAAACUAAUCUGUGAUAAAACUGCAGCGCACAUCAAGAGCCAGGCCAAGCACACAGAGAGACAGAUAAAGAUGGAGUUUGAGAAACUUCAGCAGUUCCUAAAAGAUGAUGAGGCAGCUAGGAUCACUGCACUGAGGGAGGAAGAGGAUCAGAAGAGUCAGAUGAUGAAGGAGAAGAUUGAGAAGAUGACAGAAGAGAUAUCAGCCCUUUCAGAACAAAUCAGAGCCAUUGAACAGGAGCUGGGAGCUGAAGACGUCUCAUUCCUGCAGGUAAGACCUGUUCACUCUGUGUCUGCAGGACUCUAUACAAACUGCUGUUAAUGCUCACACACAUUCAUUUAUAGAAUAUUAAUAAUAU